ACAUCUACGGACAAUACAUCUGAUGUUCAACAUCAAACUUGCAGUUAUACGUUGCUGUUGCUUUGAACCUUACAGAAACAUUUUUAGACUUCGUGCCGCUGUGUCUUAUUCCUGUGCAUAUUUUGAUGGUGAAAUGCACACAGCAUGACGAUUCUGUAUAUGCUGAGUUUUCAGCACCCCCGGUUUGAAAUUCGUUUCCGAGUUACUGAAGCUGAUAGAAAAUUUCAGGAAGCGGGUAGUCCAACAGUUAAAUCAGGGCACGCCUGCGGAGAUUAAACGGAACGCUGUUAUCAGACAAUGAUAUAAAAGCUGUCUAGUAAACUGAAUUUACAGGUGUAAAGUUGUAUCGUCGGUGAAGAAUCUCAAUCACAAUGAACCCUUUCUCGGCAGUCGUCAUCGCUGGGAUUUUCUUUGGAAAUGCAUAUUCUCUGAGCUGCAAUUCUUGUAGUGGGACAAAUUCCUGCACUCCAAUAGCAGUAAGAUGCAGCUCUUCCCCCUCUGUGUGUUUAACAGUAUCGACUUCAGCUAUUGGGUUUGAGCAGUUUGGUUUUGGGACAAGCAAGUUCACAAAUAUGUGUGGCCCCAAGCUACAAUACUGCAACGAAACACUGAGCGCAGACUUCAGUGAGCUCAGCAUAACUGUCAAUGUUGAGUGCUGUGACAGCGAUAACUGCAACACGGGGGUUUAUACUGUUCCUGCUGAUAACACCUUGAAUGGGAUUCAGUGCCCCCUGUGUGUCAGAAUUGGUACAGCGCAGUGCGAUUCAGCAGAGACUGUCCAGUGCAGAGGAAAGCAAGAUCAAUGCUUCACAAUCAACGGGACAGUGACACCGGGUAGCAGUGAUAAAGUGACGCUGCAGGGAUGCUCAACAAGAACUACCUGUGACAAGAGUUAUUUGUUUACUCUCAUUCCUAAACUGAGUAAUUUAGAAGUAUCUUGCAUUGAUAAAAGUGGGUUUUGCCCUCAAGGAAUAAACAUGUUCGUCAUCGCUGCGGCUGCUGUACUUGCUCUGCGCGUCGCGUUUAACUAAACAGUAGUACAGUGCGCUGUUGAUAUAACUGCAAAGGCACAUUUUCAAAAGGAAUACAGCAAUUUGAACAAUAUAGUACAAAACUAUUCAAUAACUGCUCUUUCUCGACCAUUUAAUUAGGCUGACAUAAGAAACUUUAGCAAUGAGAGGAGGCCAUCUGGUCCUUCAAAGCUCGACCAGUUUCUAGUAGCGAGGUCUUAAAGGUUCCCAAUGAUUCUACAUGUGUAUGCUGGCCAGGUGGAAAUAAUCCCUUACUAAGCACUGCCCUUUGAUUUUACCAUAUAAAAUGCAUUUAUAGCGUUUUAAUUCUUUAGUACCUAUAAUGAUACCAGUGGCGUAAUUAUGACUUAAUCCCGGGGUUAAAUUCAAUAUUGCUAGUUAUAAUUAAGUUUGCCACAGUUAUUAAUUGUGUUCAUUUUUCAGUUUUCCCAUGCAU